CCUCGCCUCUCCUCCCGUGUCCUCCCUCUCGUUCUCCUCCUGUCCCUCGGUCUCUCGAUGCACCUCGUCGCCGUGGUCCGCAGAACGCUACGCGCCGCGCACGGGACCACUGUGGUUCACCAGUCGCGCGUUCACCAACUAGCCAGCCGAUCCAAUCUAAGUGCUCGCUCGGUAGACGGGCUAUAACGAUCAACCACGAGUCCAUCAGACAUGAAGUAUUCGCCGCAGCAGCAGCAGCAACAGCAGAAGCAGCGCAAGUCGGAGAGCAGCGACGCCGCAUCCAUGGAUGCAACCCUCAGCCGGACAUCGCCGUCCGGCACGCAGGAGCAACGCAAAGCCUCGUCGACGUCGUCAUCGACGCGGGCGCCCGUCUGCCGUUCACCAUCCACCGGCAUGUUCGCCUGGAUGCGCGUGUUCCGGCUUGCCUCAAUGUUGCACCAGGUCGGCUGCUAAGGCUCGACCUGGCGAAUGCGGACCGCGUCGCAAGCGAGAAGGAAAGAGAGUCCGGAACGGAGGAAACGAGAGAGGGAAAGAGAGCCGAUAGAGAAUCGUAUACCUUAACAAUCUCAGAUUAAAUAAUUAUCGUACAACACAGUGGAGACGCGCGUAGCGCACGGGCACGAAGCGGCGGCCCUGUUUCGUCUCCAAUCGCGUCGCGAUUAAAAGAAAAAAAUAAAUAAAUAAAUAUACAUAUAUAUUUAUGCACGGCUGAGUCAACGUAGCGACACAUGGCCAAUAUUGUAGCUCGAUCAUAGUGCAUUACGCGAAGAUGAAUCGCCAAGUUGCGAUUCGCCGUGUACAGAUGUUGAGGUGUAGCUUGGGCCGCACCUGCGCUGUAUCGUCCGCGGAAAAAAAAGAUGAUAUGAAAAUACACCCCUCUCCGCCGCGUCUCCUCACGGGCGAUUUUGUUUCCUGUUACUUUUCCGUAAGGCAGAUCGCUCUCUUAUCCUCGUUUCUCAAAAAUUAAUUUAAUUAACUAACGCCAGUUAUUACUCUAUUCGCGUGGGAUUCUUGAUUUGCCUUACUCACGCGGAUACGGAACUUCUGUAAUUAGCCCAGCAGUCCGUUAUGCCAAUCUGUGUUCCCUUCUGCGAAAAAGUUGGGCGCGGCCCCGGUCACACAGAGUAAAAACAACGCGCGCGUGUUUCGCGAAUAACAUGUACCUCUCGCAUAUACAUAUAUAUAUACAAGAAAUCGAACCAUAAAACACGGGUAGAGGAAUUAAAUUACGUAGCAAUUUGAGCAAUUAAGGUUCGAGGAUGCGACUCGAUCGCAGAGGGGGGGACCUGCUUCGCAGACGAUCUGUGGUACGCUUCGAUAGGUCGGACAUAACAAUAGGUUUGUCCUUUAUGGCUCAACUACCUGCUAGUUCGGAGUUGGACUUUUUCACAUUGGAAGGAAAGAGACCAAUUCUGAGCCAGUGCAGCCAGUUCAGCUACAAAGAACAUAUUUAAUAACAACGUUAUUCGCGGAACUGAGCCGCGAUUAGCUGAUCAAUCCGUCGAUCGAUCCUUACGUAGCGGCGAGCCUCGAUGAAGUCGGAGACGAUUCGUCACUUAUUGUUAGAGAGAAAGGGCUCCACCCAUUUCGGACAAACGCGCGUCGCGAUUUGCGCGCGUCGAAUACAGCGUCUGCCAACAGCGAUAUGACUCGUAGUCGGAUUACGAAUAUUAUAGAGUAAUAUAAAUUAUGCGGCGUCGCGACACCCCGCGAAGCCGACGAGUUUGAUUUCGAAUCCGCGAUCCCUCGCCAGUACCUUCUUGAGUUCCCUCCUCCCCAUUUUCUCGUCUCCCAUUGCUCGACCGAUGACGUCGGCGUAUCCCGCCGCGCACCGUGGAUUCUAUUUUUAUAUAUCAUGUGCAAAUGACGAGAAAGCGACGUAUCGUUUUUUCCUCCCCCCCCCCCCCUUUCCCUCCACUCACUCCCCCGCCGCGAAGCGGUUGCGCUUCUUAAAUCGCGAGCAGAGAAAGAAAUGAUGAGACCCGGUUGACAAGGUGCACCCCGAGAAAAACUGCGGGGAAGUCACGCGACUUCCUCUAGGAUCACGUUCGUCUAUCCCCCUCCUCCCCCCCCCCCCACACGUUGGGUGCUUCCGAAGAAGCGCUCGGGGCAGCUCGGGAUUAGAUUUUGGUAUAGUGUACGUGACGUAAACUAUACCUAAAUCUAACUCUGAGUUGCCCCGAGCGCUUCUUCGGAAGCACCCGUUGAUUGUUUCAUCGUCACGUUCAGCGCCGAGCUCUAUUGAUGUUAUAUCUCGUUGAUCGUUGGAUUAUAUAUUUUAUGAUUACGCAAAUUCACAAAUAAAUUUGCAAACAAAUAAAUUUGCUUUA